UAAAUAUAUAUAAUAUAAUACAUGAUAUGCAUAUAUAUGUAGAUAAAUAUAAAAACUAUUCGGAGUUUCGUAUCAAAUAUGACAAAAUACGGGUACUGAUAAAAACAAUAUAUGUAUAUUUUAUAGUUCUCAUUUUCAUAUAUUUUAAUUACUAUUAGUAAUAAUAAUAAUGGGGAAUUGUUUAAGGAUAAUUAUUAAUAAAAUAAGAAAAAAAAGUGUAAUUAAAAAGAAUAUUGUAUUGCUGAUGGCUGGUUUAGACAAUUCUGGAAAAACUUCUGUUUUAAAUUGUAUAUCUAAUGAUCUUGAUGAAAAUGUUAUGCCGACAAUGGGAUUCAGAGUUGUGACAUUGAAACAUAAAUUUUAUUCAAUAAAAAUAUAUGAUAUUGGAGGCGCUGCUCAAAUAAGAUCAAUAUGGAGUAAAUAUUACAGUGAUAUACAUGGUAUAAUAUAUGUGGUGGAUGCUGCUAAUUUAUCACGAUUAAAUGAAAAUAAAUUAGUAUUUGCAGAAUUAAUAUCACAUGAGCAUAUUGCAGGAAAACCAAUAUUAUUACUAGCUAAUAAACAAGACGUAACUGGUGCAAUUGAUGAAUUAGAUCUUGUGGAAAAUUUGGACGUCGAACAUGCUGCUAAUUCAAUGCGAUGUCCAACCAGAGUUGAAACCUGUUCGUGUGUAAUUACACAGGAAUAUUAUAAACAAAAUACCAUGGGAAUUAUAAAUGGUUUCAAAUGGCUGUUAGAUACGAUAUCAAAAAAUUACACCGAAUUAAAUAAUCGAAUAAAAGCUUGUCAAUCAGUCGUCGUGCCAAUAAAUAAUCAUGUACAAAAAAGACCAUCAGUAUCAUCAAUUACUCCAUCUUAUACAUCAAUCAGGUCUAAUCCCUUCAAACCAAUAAACGAAUUAGUGAUUUCUAAUUCUGAUAAAAAUCUAUCCAAUAAAAACAAUCAUGUUAAUAAUAAAAAUAAUGGAUUUACGAUAAAAAAAUUUCUAGUCAAAAAUAAAACUGCCCCGAUGUCUGAAGGAGAGAUAAAUAAUAAAGGAAACGAUAUAGAAUAUUCAAGUAACGAAACUGACGACAGAGUUUCUUUUUUAGCAUUGGAUCCGAUUAAUUUGAUAUCUCAAGAUACCAAUGGAAGCUCAACACCUCAAGUCCGGCCAUUUACAGCUCCUGCUGCUCCACAACGAGCUGAUGUAUUUGUGAUGCCUAAUUUACCAGGGCAAGUGCUUAAUAAUAAUUAACAUUAACUAAUAAUAAUAAUAAUAAUACUAACUGUAUAUUUUUUAAAAUUGAUUGAUAUAAAAUUUUGUACCUGUAAU